GGUCAAGAAUUGAAGGUGUAUAAAAGGGACUGGCUUCAAGGACUCACCCGAAUCAAGUGCAAUCAAAUCACACGGUAGUUUCUGCUGCUGCAAAAUGAAGGUGGCAUUUGCAGCUCUACUGCUGCUAGCGGCCGGCCUCGGAGCACUGGCAACAGACGAUAAAAUCGUGUGUUACUUCAGCUCGUGGGCGGUAUGGAGACCAGGUUUAGGCCAGUUUGACGUGGAGGACAUCGACCCUUUCCUGUGCACGCACAUCAUCUUCAGUUUCACCGGCCUGAGCAAUCACACGUGGGAAAUAGAGGUCCUGGACCCCUGGAACGAGCUAUGCCCCGAUGAACAAGGUGGGCACAGGUGUGCCUUCGAGAGAGCCGUCGCCCUUAAGAAAGAAAAUCCAGCUCUUGUCGUCAUGGUCGCCAUUGGAGGAUGGAACGAAGGAUCUGAGGAUUACUCUGUGAUGGCAGCAGAUCCCUGGAAGAGGACGAAAUUCCUUAACAGCGUCGUCAGAUUAAUCAAUAAAUACGGGUUCGAUGGACUGGACUUCGACUGGGAAUAUCCUGCCGCGAGAGGAGGCGUGCCAGAGGAUAAGGAGAACUUCGUGACUCUGGUGAAGGAAAUGCGGACGGCCUUCGACUCAAACGUCCCAAGACUCCUGAUUUCGGCCGCCUUCGCAGCGGGCAAGGAGACCAUCGACAACGCCUACUAUAUCCCGUCCCUUGUGGACCUCUUCGAUCUGUUCCACAUCAUGGCUUACGAUUACCACGGAGCCUGGGAGGACUUCACCCACCACAACUCGCCCCUCUGUGGUCACUACCUGGACUAUGACGAGUUCCUGUAUUUCAAUGUUAAAUUCACGGUGGAGUACUACCUGGAUCUGGGAGUUCCCAAAGAAAAGUUCGUCCUGGGGACAGCAACCUACGGGAGAUGUUAUAUUCUGGACAACUUCAGCGAACACGGCGUCUGGGCCAAGGCUUCUCGACCUGGGCCUGCGGGCCCUUACAUAAGGCUCCCAGGGACGUUAGGUUACAACGAAAUCUGUAGGAGGCUGAACGAAGAUAGGUCGUGUACCGUAGUCCAUGACCCUGCGUUGCACGAACCCUAUUUCUACUGCAUGAGUGAUUACAUCUGGUGCAGUUAUGAUGACGUCGAUUCCCUCACUCUAAAGGCCAGGUAUGCCAAGAAUAUGGGACUAGCUGGCAUGAUGGUCUGGCAAAUAGACACGGACGACUUCCGCCCCGAGUGUUCUUCGGAGCCUUUCCCUCUCAUCAAUGCUCUGAAGCGGGCCUUUGCACAGCCAGCGGGAGGCGACAUGGUCAGUUGUGACCCCAUCACUCCCGUUCCUCCUAGCACCACUACCACCACCACCUCCACUACAACUACUACCCCAACCACAACAACUACAACUACUACCCCCACUACAACAACUACAACAACACCUACCACAACAACCACAACCACCACUACUACCACACCUACUACCACCACAACUACAACAACUCCAACCACCACAACUACAACAACAACUCCAACCACCACAACUACAACAACUCCAACCACCACCACAACUACAACACCUACUACUACAACUACAAGCACAGCAGCGCCAUUAUUAACGACGACCCCAGGCAAGCGAGUGAAACCUGACUGCAGGAUCGAGGCUGACGGGACGACCUUCCCCCACCCAGACUGCAACAAGUACUGGAAGUGUGCCAGCAAGUCCACCUUACUGGAACUGUGCGCUCCGGGGACCCUGUACGACGAAAUUUUGCAGAUCUGUAAUUGGGAAGGCCAGGUGGACACGAGUGAGUGCAGAAUGUGGUUCUGUGACGUUGACAAUACGUAUUACCCGGCCGUCUACUGCAAUGAGUAUUACUGGUGCUACAAACGGAUGCUCCGCACCUGCAGACCUGCCCGACCGGUGAGUACUGGAAUCAGAAUGUACACCAAUGCGAUUUUCCAUCCACGGUUGACACGUCCCAGUGCCAGAUACCCUGAGGAAGAAAGAAGACGACGUCGCACAAGAUAGUGACCAGGUCAUUCCAGGUCAACGCAGCUCUUUCUUGGGAUUCUACGAUUCGAAGGAUCCUGUGUAUCCAAGAUUAAAUGGCUCGCUCAAAAAGAA